GAGGGGCGGGGUUUCCGGCGGGUGACCCUGGCGAGUCCUUCUGCGCGGCGGCGGCGGGGCCUGGAGCUGAGCGGCGAUGGGGCUGCGGGACGAGGAGAUGCUGGGGAGCCGCAGCGGGGAACCCGAGGAAGAGGAAGAGGAGGAGGAGGCAGAGCUAGUGGAUCCUUUAACCACAAUAAGGGAGCACUGUGAGCAGACUGAGAAGUGCGUGAAGGCACGGGAGAAGCUGGAGCUGUGUGAUGCACGAGUGUCCGCAAGGUCCCACACACAGGAGGAAUGUACAGAAGAGCUUUUUGACUUCCUGCAUGCCAGGGACCACUGUGUGGCUCACAAACUCUUUAAGAAUUUGAAGUAAAUGUUGGAGCAAGUCCCACCAUCUGCCUCCAUCGUUCAGCUGGAACACGGUGCAGUUUCUUUUUGGAUUCCAAGUGCUGCUUGCUGCCCGUUCUUGUGAAUGUACAGUAUAAGUGAGCAGCUUCCUGCCUGUGCUGCGGUGAUCCAGGCGCCACCGUGUCAUCGCAUCUAUCUUCCGUGCAAAACGUGCAGCUGUAACAAAACCAUCUUCUGUGGUUUUCCAUAUUAAACAUAUUCAAAGUU